AUGAACUCACAAAUAAGUCUCAACGACACCCUCAAAGAAUCCUACAACCACGGCACAUCCUUCACGACAUCCUCAAUGCACAAGCUUCCCCAAAAAGCCUUCCUAUUCGGCCAUCCAAUCUCCCACUCCCUAGCCCCCCUUCUCCACAAAAUCCUCUUCCAAAGCGUCUCCCUCCCAUGGGCAUUCUCUCUCGUCGAAACGCAAGACAUAUCCAGAUUCCUCCCAGCCCUCUACCAGCCCAACACCAUCGGCUGCGCAGUCACAAUGCCCUACAAAGUCUCCCUGAUGAGCGCCGUCGACUGCGUAACAGACGAAAGCCGCACAAUCGGCGCCAUGAACACGGUCUUCCGCCGCACAGCACCAGACGGACGCACCAUAAAUAUCGGCACGAACACCGACUGCAUCGGUAUCCGCGAGGCAUUCCUCUACAACUACCCUGGCAUUCUGGCUGAGAGCACGGGCAAGCCGGCGCUGGUUAUCGGCGGUGGUGGGGCGUGUCGGGCGGCGGUUUAUGCGCUGUGGAAGUGGAUGGGGGCUAGUAGGAUUUAUAUGGUUAAUAGGGUUGAGAGUGAGGUGAGGGCUAUCAUGGGGUCAUUUCGGGAUGUUGGGUUUGGCGGGGACUUGGUUUGGAUUGGGUCUGUUGAGAUGGCGGAGGGUUUGGAGGGGCCGGUGGUGGUUGUUGGGACGGUUCCUGAUGUGGUGCCGGUAGAGGAGGGGGAAAUCUUGGCUAGGAGGAUUGUGGAGGUGUUUUUGGGGAAGGAGAGGAAAGGGUUUGUUCUUGAGAUGUGCUAUCAUCCCAAGCCCAGGACGGAGUUUUUUGCUCUCUGCCAGAAGGCUGGGUGGGAGGUGCUCUGUGGUACUGAGGCGAUGAUCUGGCAGGGUAUUGCGCAGCAGAUUCUUUGGACGGAGUUGCCUUUUGGGAUGUUUGAUCUGAAGGAGGCUGCUCAGAGGGUUACUGACAUGGUUCAAAGUCACUAG